CGCCGGGGUUCCUCUUGCCCGCAGGUCGCUGCCUCCUUGGCAAAGAUGGCGGCGGUGCGGGGCCUGCGGGUCUAUGUGGAGUCUGAGGGCGACUCGGGGCCCCGGGAACCGGGCGCCGAGGCCGCCAAGGAGGCCGAGCGCGAAGAGGAGCCCAUGGAGGUGGAGGAGGGCGAGAUAGAGCCCGAGAAGCUGGACGCCAUCUCGGUGCGGCGGACGCUCAAGGACCUGAUCCCGGACACCAGCAGACGCUACGAAAACAAGGCCGGGACUUUCAUCACUGGAAUCGACGUCACCUCAAAGGAAGCGGUGGACAGGAAGGAGCAGCGAGCAAAGCGGUUUCACUUUCGAGCGGAAUCAAACCUCACUCAGCAGGCAGAGGUGCUCGACCGGGAGUUGCUGAAACAAGCCAUCCCCAAAGUGCGACUGGAGGCCCUGCACGUGAUGGGCGUAGACGAGAUGAGCACCGAGGAGAUCUUCACCUACUUUAAGGAAUAUCCUCCAUCCAGCAUAGAGUGGAUCGACGACUCCUCCUGUAAUGUGGUGUGGCUGGACGACGUCACAGCGGCCCGAGCUCUGAUGAACAUGAGCGUGGCGGCAGAGCCCAGUGUGAGCACGCGAAGAAAGAGCAGCCCUGACUCACCAAAGCAUGACAGCUCGCAGGGCAAGGCAGAGGAGGAACAGGAGGAGGAGGACGGGGAGCUGGAGGAGAAGCCGCAGGUGGAGCGGGAGGAAGUGCAGUGUGAGGCCGGAGCGGACAGUGUGCCGGAUGCUCUGCCGCUGGACGAACAGGACGCGGUGCUUCAAAACGACCUGCGGCCGGCGGUCAAAUCCCUGCGAGGAAACAAACUGCAAGUCAGGUUUGCCACCAAAGAUGACCAUAAGGAGCUGGGAGCUGCCCGACGGAGUCAGUAUUACAUGAAAUACGGGAACCCCAACUACGGCGGCAUGAAGGGCAUCCUCUCCAACUCCUGGAAACGGCGGUACCAUGCUCGGCGGAUUCAGCGAGACGUCCUGAAGAAAAAGAGCUUCUCCGACGACGACGACGAGGCCCUAGAGUCCGGCUACAAACACCGUCACUCGGGUCUGGGGAACGUUCCCGAGGAGCCGAUCCAGGAGGAGGAUGAGGAUGAAGAUGAGCAGGACAUGGAGGCCGAUGACCGUGUGGUGGUGGAGUACAGGGACGAGGCGCGGCCGGGCUGCUACGCCAGCUCCAGGGACUCGGACUCAGACUCAGACUCGGACGAGAUGGAUUACGAUCUGGAGCUGAAGAUGAUCUCGAUGCCAUCGCCCAAGAAGAGCCUGAAGAUGACCAUGUAUGCCGACGAGGUGGAAGCUCAACUGAAGAACAUUAGGAAUUCCAUCAAGCCGGAGGCCAGCGUCACCGUGGUUACCAGGAACAUCAGGAAUCGGAUCGGCACCCGGCUCUCCGCGGAGAAGAUCUCGGACGUGAGGCUCUUACUGGAGGACAAGCGGCAACUGGCGGAGCGUCGGCAACCCCCGGGGGCCGGGAGCAGCUGCGGCACCGGUGUCCGGCAGAGGCUGGGAAAAAGGCCACACUCGCCGCACAUCGUCUCCAGCGCCGUCACCGCCGGCAACUCCUCCAUCGCCCGCCGAGAGCCGCAGACCGACGUGCACAGCCGGCUCGGGGUCCCCAGGGCCCUGGAACCCCGCGGCCCACCAUCCGACAGGAGCAAGAAGCCAGGCAGUUUGUGGAGCCGCCUGGGAAAAGCCCCCAGCAAGAGAGAGAAGAGCCCCAGCAAAGAGGAAGAGGAGGAGGAGAAGCCACUGAGCAAGGAGAAGGAGAAGCCGGUGGCCGAGGCGGGCGAGGGUGAGGGGGAGCCCGAGGGCGAGGGGGCAGCCGAGCGGGGGGAGGAGAAGGAUGAUGACACGGAGCUGCAGCGGGCCUGGGGGGCUCUUAUCCGGGAAAAGGAACGAUCCCGCAAGAAAAGCCGCCUGGACAACCUGCCCUCGCUGCAGAUCGAGAUCAGCCGGGAGAGCUCGACCUCCGACAGCGAGUCCUGACAGCCCGAGCCCCCAUCCCACACCACCAUCAUCCCACUGGGUUCCCCCACCCCCACGACCUCCGCCUCCGCCACAGGCAGCCUGGACUCACGUGCCGCACACAGACAUUCCCCAGAUAACGGCCUUGGUACAGAGCCGGACGGCAUUUAAAGAGGGUCAGUGUUUGCCCUCGUCUCUGUUACACCUCACUCUCUGACCGGAUUAAACUUAAACUUGAUUGUG